AUGGUCUCUGCCCAGACUUACACUGACUGUGACCCCACCAAGAGAUCCGACUGCCCUGCCCGCAAGGCCGUUGGGUCUAAGCCCGUCAACAUUGACUUCCGUCAGGGCAAGAACAAGUUCUUUAAGGAGGCCGAGGGUACCAAGCUCACCUACGAUAAGGAUCUCGGCGCUGUUUUCUCCAUUGCCAAUGAGAACCAGGCCCCCACGAUCGGCAGCGAUGCCUACAUCUUCUUCGGUCAGGUCGAUGUUGUUCUGAGGGCUGCCCCAGGUCCCGGUGUCGUCACCAGCUUCGUGCUCCAGUCUGACGACCUUGAUGAGAUCGAUUGGGAGUGGCUCGGCGGGGAUAAUGCCCAGGUCCAACACAACUACUUCAGCAAGGGCUGCACCGAGACGUACGACCGCGGUGGAUUCUCUCCCGUCGCCGACCCCAUUGGCGCUUUCCACACCUACACCAUCAAGUGGACCUCGGAGCAGCUCGACUGGAUCAUUGACGGCCAGGUCGUCCGCACGCUCAAGAACACCGGCAUUGAGGGCUGCGCUGGUUAUCCUCAGUCCCCCAUGCAGAUCAAGCUCGGUACCUGGGUUGCCGGUCGUAAGGAUGCUCCCCAGGGCACUAUCGAGUGGGCUGGUGGUCUUGCCGACUUCUCUAACGGACCCUCUGACGGGUACUACCAGAGCCUCAAGAUCAUCGACUACAUGGGUGGCCACAAGGAGGCUACCGAGUACCAGUAUGGCGACAAGUCUGGCACCUGGCAGAGCAUCAAGGUUAUUGGGAGCAGCGGUGUUGUUUCCAGCAGCAGCAGCGUCACCUCCAAGGCUACCACCAAGACUGCCACUUCUGCCACCACUCUUCAGACCGUGACCUCUAGCACUGCUCUCGGCGCUACUAAUGGUACCCUCACUACUGAUGCCACCACCACCCCCACCAGCACCACCGAGGAGGUCACCGAGACCGAGACUGCCAUCCCCACCGGUGCCGCCGGCAAGGUUGCCCUCAGCAACAUGGCCGCCAUGGGUGCCGCCGCUGUUCUCGGCUACCUUGUUCUCUAA